AAUUCAUCGGCAACGUUGUCAAAUCCAUUGUCUCCUUUGAUCGUUAUUAUUUACGAAUAUUUCCACAACAACAUCCUAGCACAAACAAAUAAAUCGCACAAGUCAACGGCAACGUUGCACUUUCGUUUGUAAACAAUUCAGGUUAUAUCGUAUUUAAUCAAAACUUUGGUCAAUUCUAUCCGACAGAAAAACCGCAAAAAUGUUUUAAAUCCAUCAUCGACUGGCUAUCCCACAACCUCCGACGUAAUAAUAUCCAAAGAGUCCCUACUGGUUGGGCCAACACCAAAAUGCUGAACUACUCGAAUACUACUGGGCUACUACUGUGUUGAAUCGAAAAAAUUAGUAUGGCAUCGUCCCAGGAUGCUUGGUACUUGUCUCUGCUGGGUCUGGCGGAGCACUUCAGAACCUCUAGUCCUCCAAUGAUCAAGUUAUGCAUCCAGUGUUUGCAGGCAGUCUUUAAUUUCAAACCACCUCAAAGAGUCGAAGCCAGGACCCAUUUACAAUUGGGCAAUAUCCUUUUAACUCACACGAAGAAUAUAGACCUCGCGAAGACGCAUCUAGAGCAGGCUUGGCAUCUAUCACAGGCUAUUAAUUCUUUUGAUGAUGUUAAGUUUGAAGCUGCCAGUGUGUUGGCCGAGUUAUAUGAACAACAGGAAGACAUUGCCCUCUCCAAACCUAUUUUAAGGAAAGCUAUUGAGUUAUCACAGCACAAUGUUUACUGGCAUUGUAGAUUAAUUUUUCAAUUAGCGCAAAUACAUGCUUCAGAAAAGGACUAUGCAGUUUCGAGUAGUUUAUUAGGUGUUGGUGUGGAUUAUGCACACAUAUCAAAUGCACUUUAUACUCGAUUAUUGUUUUUACUUAGCAAAGGAAUGUUGUUGUUGAUUAGUAAGCAAUUACAAGAAGUUCAACCUGUACUAAAUCAAGCUGGACAUUUAGUAGAAACUUGGACUGGCCCAGCUUAUCAAAAAGAAUAUCUUAAAGUAUAUUACUUAGUCCUACAGGUAUGCCAUUAUAUUAUGGCAGGACAGAUAAAAAGUGUUAAACCUUGUCUUAAGCAGCUGCAGCAGAGCAUUCAAACAAUUAUGGCUACUGAAGAUGUGUUUACUGGACCAAGUGCUGGAGACAUGUUUAUUUGGAUGCCAAAGGAACAUUUGUAUGUUCUGGUGUAUCUUGUAACUGUGAUGCAUAGUAUGCAAGCAGGGUAUAUGGAAAAAGCUCAAAAAUAUACUGAUAAGGCAUUAAUGCAGAUAGAAAAGUUAAAAAUUGUGGACAACAAACCAAUCCUGUCGGUUUUCCAGCUUAUGCUGCUUGAGCACAUUAUAAUGUGCCGAUUGGUGAUGGGAAACAAAACCCAGGCUCUCCAGGAAAUAUCCGCUGCGGCAACUCUGUGUCGCCAAAGUCCAAAAUUGCUGGAGAGGCACGGGCCCCAGUUGCACACUUUACUCGGCCUUUUCUCUAUGAGCAUGAACUCCAUGGAGGCGGCCGAAGCCCAGUUCACCGCCGCACUGAGUUCGUCCCAAGAUCGUGAACUGUGGACUUUUGCCAACCUCAACCUAGCAAUAGUGUACUUAAGGGGCAAAAGGGAGGCCGAUUUUAACGCGCUGCACGACAGAAUCAAUCCGGAGAAUUUACCUUCACACUCGCACAGUUUAAGGGCAGCAGCGUACUAUGUGCAAGGACUCCAGGCCUUCUUCCAGGGGAAAUACAAUGAAGCGAAGAGAUAUUUAAGGGAAACAUUAAAAAUGGCAAAUUCAGAAGAUUUAAACAGACUGACUUCGUGUUCUCUCGUAUUGUUAGGACACAUAUUUCUUUCACUUGGUAAUAGCAGAGAAAGUAUGAACAUGGUUACACCUGCCAUGCAACUUGCUAGCAAAAUACCCGAUGUUCAUGUACAACUAUGGGCUUCUGCAAUUUUAAAAGACCUGUAUCGAAUUUGUGGCGAUAACCAGCGAGAAAAUGAAGCCUUACAACGCCACAUGAAUUUCUCGUCGAUGUUAUUGAACGACCACUUCCAGGCUUCUCUAAUGCCCGAGCACAGUUUAAUAACGUGGACUCAGGGUAAACUUCCCAAUGCGGCUGCCCCAUCAAAUGUUCUUUUGUAAUUGGAUACGUGUCAUUGAAUGCUAAUCAUUAAAUUAUUUUUAUACUUAUUAUAUUUACGAAAUAAAGUAUAAAUAUUUUAA